UAUUGAACUCAUAAGACUCUUUAUCAAAAGAAAACGAGAUGUCAAAGUUCAAAGAGAUAUGAGAGGAGAAUAACUCCACUAUCUUGUAGCAGUCUUGGGUGCCACACUGACAUGUCGCAGAAGCAAUGGAAGUUGUCCGAUGUAGGUUCGCUGGUAGGGAAAGGUCUGAAGAAGCUGUCAUCUCCUCACCGAAGCAAGCUAGCCAUUGAUGAAGAUGUUGAGAGGCUCAAGGUAUGGCUAGGUCAAGAGCAACACCUUCCCAACGACGUAGACCCUGAGUGGCUCACGGCUUUCGUUGUCGGCACGAAGAGUCUGGAAGUCGCAAAGCAGAAGUUGGAAGCAUUUUUCACGCUCCGAGCCAAACUGCCCCAGCUCUUCCACUUCUCAAAGAGAGAUCCUUUCCACGAAGACUUCAAGAAUGCUUCCAAGGCGCUUAAAAUAUAUUUCCUACCGAAACCUACGCCUGAAGGCUACCGUGUCCUCAUUAUAUCAGAAGGAGAAAAUUUCAUUGGAAAUUUCGUCCACUCGCAAUGCACCGUGCGGCUGACGAUGCUGAUGGAGACUGCAAUGAGCCUUUGGCCAGAUAUGACGGGACUCAUCACCGUAACUGAUAUGAAGGGAGUUCCAAAAGCGUUUUUAACAAAAAUGAAUCCGACAUCCAUCGCUUACUAUUUUCAUUGGUUCCAGAACGCUAUGCCACUAAAAAUAAAAAGAGGAGUACUGUUCAACAGUCCAACAUUCAUGAACAUCAUCGUAAAUACUCUACUGAAACCAUUCAUGAAAUCUAAAAUGUAUAAUAGGUUCAUAAUAACUUCAGAUGGGGAUAAAGCAUUAAAAAAAUUUGUUGAUGAAGAAUUACUUCCUUCUGAUUACGGCGGAAAAGAACCAACCGCUGAAUUUCUGAAUGAUCAAUGGAACAGCAUUCUUGAAGAAAGGAGGGACUGGUUCAUGAAAACAUCAACUCUGGUUGCUGAUGAAGAAAAACGCCUUCCAGAUAUUUAUGGUACUUAUGGCAUACAAGGAACUUUUCGACGACUUGAAUUGGAUUAACUUUUAACUUAUCUUCAUAGAUAAACAACGAUCUUUCUUAUGCAUUUGCUUGUAAGCAAUAAGUUUAUAAAUCAUGUUAUAAAUGAUAAAUUUUUAAGUCAAAAUUUUAUAUUAGAGAUUUCAAGUGUAAAAUGGGUCUCUUUAAAUGUCUUGUCGUUAAAUAUAGGCAUAUUUUAUUGAUGCUAUCUUAUCAAUAAAAUCUCAUACAUAAAAUAUGUACUUAAUAUAGUACGUAAAUCAUAAUAAUUGAUAAUCGAUGUAAACUUUUUUUUAUAGUAUUACAACUACCUGUUAUAUUUAAGGAAAAUAAAAAAAUAAUGUUGUUGUUAUUUUAAUGUAAUUUAUUGAAAGCAGUGAUGGGCAAAUUCUAACAUGGUUACCGAGUAUUUUACUCAAAUACCUGCCCAACUUUGAGUACCUUAGUCACUACUUCCGUUCACGAUUGACGAUAAUAAAAUUUAAUCAUAUCUCCCUCCCAAUACUUUCUACUUCUUAUAUUAGAUAAAAUAUAAUAGUUUCAUGUACCAGAUGCCCAAAUCUAAAUACAUACAUUUAUUACAUUGAUAUAUAUAAAAUUAGGAUUAAUGUAAUAAUAAUAUAAUAAUGUACUUAUUGGCCUAUAAAAAACGUAGCCAUGCUUAUAAGCCAUGGAUUAUAAACAAUGUAUCCAUGUUUUAAUUAUAUAAAUAUUGUUAAUUAAUAUUGACUUUAUAAUGUUUUACUCACUCCUGAUUCUAAAAAUUACAGAUUUUUUUUUUUAAAUA